AUGAACGGUGCUGGUGCCCGCACGCUGGACACCAUGGAGGGUGCUCAGCUGGAGGUGGCGCAAAUACACGCCGCUCUCCUCAAUAAUAUGACUGUAUGCUUGAUGAAGCAGGAGAAGUGGGCUCGCUGUGUUGAUACCACAAGCCAGGUCUUGGCACUUGAUCCUCAAAACGUCAAAGCUCUGAUGCGGCGCGCCAAGUCUUAUAUCAAGUUAAAAAAGCUCUACAAGGCAAAGGAGGACGUUGAGCGUGGGCUGGCCCUGGCACCCACAGAUUCAGAGCUGGAGCGCAUGUCCACCUACUUGAGCGAUAUGGAUCGCGUCUACGAUGAACGACAAAAGGCCCAGCUGCGCGGUUGGGUAGACAAGAUCUGGCUCGCAAUGACAUUUGUACAGCGCACCAUCAUGAGUCUCACCGGCACUGUCGGCGGAUCUGAAUCGAAUGCGUCAGUCAUGAAUGAAAUGGCCAAUCGGCGGGCCAUGGAGGAUGUCAAGGACAACCCGCUCAACGUGUGCGGCGUCGUCGUACCCACCCCAACCCUGCAUACGACCCAGGAGCUGUGGGAGGACUUGGCUUUGGAGGAUGAACGUGAGAUCAAGGAUGAGCUCUUCUACGACUUGAUCUUUGUUGCCGCCAUCAUCAAGCUCAGUGACUUUGCCAAAGCUGAUGUGACAUGGCUCCGGGUGGCAGAGACCUUUGAGCUCUUCCUGCUCCUCUGGACCACCUGGUUGCACGUGACCUUUCUUUUUUCUCGGUCAGAUAGCCUGUGCUUCCAAGCAGUCGACGCUCUUCUUUUCCCCCCUCUCAUCGAGUCAACAUGCCGCGCCCGCUCAGCCAUGUGUCCUCACGUCCUGGCACCGCCUCCAUCGGUGUUUAGAUUUACACUUCCUACCCCCUGGAAGACGUUGGAGGUCCUCCUGCUGAUUGGUACCCUGGGUUUGGCAUUGCAUAUGGUCGAAUUUUCAAACUCGCAUUUUUACGUACCACAAGAUAAGAUUGCUGAAAGUGAAUUGCCCCUGACUGAGGAUCGUGGGGGUACAUACUUUGACGCCGUGCAUGACACGGGCACCUUUCGUGUUGGCCUCUCCAUUUCCAUCAUCAUGACUCGGCUGUCCAUGGUUGCCGUCUACGGACUUACAGCCGUGUUUGCGCCGCGCUCGCGGCACAUGUCAGUCAGCUACUUGAUAGGCUUUGGUUUGAGUUUGGCCUUUUGGAUUGCCGCCGCCAUCGCCACCAGUAUUGAUGAAGCCAGUGGCUCGGGCCCGUCGCUCUGGGCCGUGGCCAUCGUGCUCGAGCUUCUGAUUUAUCCAGUUGCUGCCCUCGAACCCAAAAACCGUGUGCCUGUCAACAUCUGGCACAUCAUGGAGCGUCAAAUGCUAUGGGUCAUCUUGAUCUUGGGCGAGUCUCUCAUCUCCAUUGUCCUGCCCGAGCUGCCCUGUGAAUGCGAUGUGAGCGUGUAUGUUGUGGUCGUGUUCAGCCUCUUGCUGGUCUAUAACAUCUUCCAAUCUUACGUCACGGUCCAGCCGGAUCUCGAGACAGACGACAAACACGCGCUGCAGGGCAGGCUGCUGAGCUGUGCCUUUUUUAUCACCGUUCUACUCCUAAAUGUGGCACGAAUGAUGCACGACUGGACGCCAAUCACUGUCCUAGCGGCAUUGGAGGAUCUCCUGGCCUCAACAGCCGAGGAGGACCUCAAGAUCUGGGACGUCAAUGCAGCCCUACUGAACAAGGCACUGAGCAAAGUCACGAGCGGCCGUGAAGGCAUAUCACCUCUUGAGCUCAUUCUGAUCCUGCUGAUACUGAGCUACCUGAUUCGUGGGAUUGAGUUCUACAUUUCUUGGUGCGAGAUUCAGGAAGAGUUGCUCCAGGACGAUUUGGCAAGCGCAUCCGAGGCAAACGCUGCUUCGGUUGUACUUCGAGCCAAGACCAUGCGUCGCAUCGCGGUGGCGUCCGAGGAUGAGGGUUACACCACAACGGAUAGCUUGCCACGUCGGAUCCGCUCUGUCAACUAUUUUGGCAUGUUUAGUGGAAGCCGCGGAUCGAGUCUUCAGGAGCACAAUAAGUUGCUCAUGCCCACGGCUCUCGGUCGGCGGAUGACGCGGCAUCAAACGGCGUUGCUUCGCCGGCUGUCACAGCAUGGGUCCAACUCACUGGUGGAUCGCAGCAUGCUGCGGCCCAUUCUGCGCACCCAUCCACUGUUCAGCCAUCUCAAAGAGGAGCACGUGGGCCAGGUUCUGGAGCACUUUCGUCCUCGCACUGUGAAGAAGGGUGAAGUCAUCCUGCAAUAUCAGGAUAUUAGCGAUUCAGUCUUUAUCGUUGGCGCUGGCAUGUUCGAUGUGCUCGGCUUCUUCGGAGACCCCUAUGGCAUGCCUGAGGCACGUUCAGCCAAGCCAGCUGAGGCCGGUGAAGCCUUAUCCUCGGCAGGGUCCUCGCACGUUUCACCGCCACGCUCGACCCGUGGUUUGGCCGUGACCCCGCAGCUUGGCGUGCGCCCCUCUCACGACAAACCUGGCAGUUCUGGAAGCAACCACCGCGGAGGCUCAGCCUCAACUUGGACUCCCCAGGUCAAGCACGGGGCGAAUCCAACACUGCAAGAGGAAGACGAGGAUGCUGGUGGCGACGCCGCCUUUGUCAUGAUCAAGGACGACGACAGCGAGGAGAGCAAGGAUCACGAUGGUGUUGGCAUGAAUGAUAGCCUGGUGAAGCUCUGUGAAUUGGACAAGGGAUCUGUUUUUGGCCAGCUGAGUGUCUCGGUCACGGCCCCAAGCAGUACCAGCAUCAUUGCAGCUACCGAUGGACUGCUAUGGGAGUUACACCGCAAACAUCUGCGCCCUGAGUCGGACAUCUUUAGUCAAAGCUCAGGGCCGUCUCGCCGCAUGCGGGCGCGCUCGUAUGCCGAGGGUCUGGACAACCACUUUAUGUUGCAGCACGGAACCUCGAAGAAGCAGCUGGACACGCAUCUUGCGCCGACCGGCGCCAAUGCUCGCGCGUUAAAGCGCCCGCACUCAUGGUCCACGGCCCUGAUGCAUGGCCACAUGGAACGGAGUGCCAGCGGGCAGAGUGUGGGCCAGGCCAGUGGGGUGCUUCGCACGCCGUCGGUCGACUCAUUUGAUCAUGAUGAUCACAUGCGUCAGCAUUCAGAAUGGCAUCAGGUAAUGCAAGACUUUACGCAACCAGUGCGCAAUGUGCGCAACGGGCAUGACCGAAGUCGGCACCGUCUGCCGCACAGCAGCUCAGCUGAGGCGACCUUGACGGAGGAGCCCGAGGCUGAGGAGGAGGCAGAACGGGCUGCCGCUUUGGAGGCGACAGACCAAGCUAGUGGCCGCGCCCAAGUUCCAGCGUCCAUUGGUGUAAACCAUUCGCGUCAAGGCCCAGGCGUGUCGAGUGCCGUUAGUCGAGGGGCACUUCUGCAGCCUGGCCGGCGGCCCCGUCGCGCACGAGAGGGGAGCGUUGUUUUUGAUAUUGGCGCAUCGAUGGGCUCACUCCAGCAUUUGGACGAGGCAGAGGCGAAGGCCGAGGCGGAGACGGGUGUUUAUCCCAACGUGGCCGUUGAACUAGAUGAGCUCGACUCGGAUCUCUUCCCUUCAAUGGGCAGCAACGACGUUUUUGUGAGUCCUCAGUCGGAGACAGCAACUGCUUCACCAGAGGACCCCGCCAAGCUCGCGUCAGCGCGGUUGGAUGCAGCCACCACGAGCAUGACCCCUGCGCCGUCUGCCAAGUCGCCUCUGCCUGCCUCUGUGAUUCGUGUGGUUCACCACAAGAGCAACGACGUUGAAGGUGCUGUCUUUUUGCCUCCCUCUGAUUCGUCCAAGGCAAGCGCGCCAAGCCAGCAAGAAGGGCCGGACGCUGUCCCAACACAGGGUCCAAAGCCCACGACUGAGCCAGGCGAAAAUUCUGUGCCGCUCAACGGAGCUGACGCGACCCAUCCAGCCCCACAAAGAGAGCAAGCACGCACCAUCUACUUGGACGUGCAUCCGUCCCCUUCAGAGCGCCUAAGUGUAGUCUGAGCGCGCCAUGAGUCGUGCGCCCUACCUUAUCUUGCCGUGGGCAAGCAGUCCUUGAAACAUUUCGAUGAUGACAGUAUUGAUAUAGCUAAGAUCCGGAUGUGAUUUGGUGAAGGUCCUCUCAUCGGCGACAGGUGGACGACCAUCUGAAUUGAUUCUAGAGCCG